AUGUCACUCGCUGUAUUUCAGGCAUUACAAGAAUUAGCGGAGCUAUGCUUGGAUAAACCGAUUGAGGAAAUCAUCGGAUUGCUGCAUUCUUGGACAAGAAGUUACAACCGUUUAGCUUACGAUGUUGAUAGAAAGGUACGAGAAGCAACACAGCAGGCCUUACUAAGUAUUGUUAAGUGUGUGCGCCGUCGACUUGCUCCGCAUCUUAAGUCAAUCAUUGGUUGUUGGUUAUGUAGUCAUCAUGAUAGCUAUGCUCCUGCUGCAACAGCUGCAAAAGUUGCUUUUGAUACUGCUUUUCCUCCAUUAAAGAGAGCUGAAGUUAUGAAAUUUUGUUUAGAGGAGACCAUCACGCACAUCAAGGAGAAUCUCUUUGUCCAUACUCCUGCGACAUUAAGCAAUACAGGCAAUAUUUCUACGGAUGAUAUGGAAUCGAAGUAUCAACGGGUAGUUGCAUCAUCGUUACUAGCAUUAGGACAAGUAAUUAAUACUUUGGCUCCUAAUGAUAUCGAAGAUUUCGAUACAGCCCCUUUUUCGGAAAUUUUAGAUACAGCAAAAUUUUGGAAACUCGGAAAAAGUGAUUCACCUAUGAUUCGAUCAGCAUUUUUCACAUUGAUGGCAAUUUAUUAUCAGCAUUUACCAUCUACUUCAAGCAACAGCAACUCGAAAGCAUGUCCUCUAAUACUUGGUUCUAUUGACGAUACAGAACCAUUAGUUUGCCGGUCCUUAUGGGAUGCAAUCUUACUUGUUGUCACUCAAGUACAGGACUGCUGGGAUCAUGUGAGUGCUAGGAAAAGUGUCUUGCCGAAAUUAUGGCAGUUGUUGCGUUCGAAUGGAAAUGGUUCAGCUUCUGUGAUAUUUCCAGCAUUGCUGCCAUUCCUAAGUAAAAUUCCUAUUGAGGUAUCAGACAGAUUUUUCCGCUUAUUACAAACUCAAUGCUAUAUCGUUAAUUCAUUGGCCUAG